CCGUACCCCCGAAUCUUAGAAUUUACAUUUCGAAGUAUCCGACCUCUAGAUCCGCACCCAUGUCGGAUACCCACACCCCUGUCCGAGCAACUUAGAUUUGUUCUACUCUGGUGGUGGACUGAAAGACUCAACUUGUGUUUGGAGUUCUAAAAAGCCUUUAUCAAAACUGAACCUGUCAAUUCUCUGCUUGUUCCACUAAUAUAUCGAGUUCACGAACUGAACUUAGUGAAUAAAUCUCUCUUUCUUUUACUCGUACCAAUUUUGGACUGAUGAAAUUGGUCAAUAAUAGGUGCCCUAUCAGCUAAGAGAUUUUUUUAAAGAAGGAUUAACAGCAACAACAAUUACAACUCAUUCCCAAGCAAGUCUGGGGUCGGCCAUGACAAUAAAAUGUAACAGAGACUGUUGAAAUGUGCAUAGAUAACAAGAUUUAUGAAUCAGUACAGAGAUAAAAAGAGAUGGUUUCGUUUCAUCCCAUCAAUUCUUAUAUUACAUGAACUGAAACACACAAGUAAUUCUGAAGUAUACUAAAAAUUAAUGUUUGCUUUAUCAGUUAGGACAUUAUGCAUGUUAGGAGAUCCCAAAAAGAUUGCACAGAUUACCCUUCUCCUGCUUUAAUUUAUUUAAGGAAUCAAAGCUAUUUUACUAAGGUCAUUGGCUAUCAGUCUUCUAUGUUACCAAGUUAUAUAUAUAUGCAGUCUGUUAGAACUAUGAAGCCCGUAUGCUGAACUUCAUCUCUUUCCAUUUCAUGAACAGGAUCAUAUGUAGUGUCCUCAAAUUCAAAUAAGAUAUGGUUCUUAAUUACCUUAGUUUCUCCAAGAUAUUGUCAGAAGCCGAAGACAAUAUGUCCCCCCACCAUACAGAUUUCCAGAAAUUAUAAAGGGAGAAAGAAUCUGAUUUGGAUAAUUUUUUCCCUAUAAAUGACAUACCAAGAUCAAGAAAAAGCCAAACUAGUGUAACAGUUCCGACCUAUCCCCAAACAACAUUCUGUUUACUUGUUUGUUUGCACUCAUUAGGAGAGUCCUAUAUAUACCUACCACAGCCUGCUUCAAACAUCAUAGCAAUUCAGAGAGUUUAGGAAAACAUACAACUUGAAUUUAUAACCCUAUAUAUCUUCCACUAACAAGAAAGAUGAAGGGAAUCAUUAUUUCAGCAAUUGCAGUGUUGGCCAUGAUUCAGUUCAUGGUUGAGCCAGGACAGGCUCUUACUUGUGGUCAAGUAGAUGCUUCUUUAGCACCAUGUAUCCCUUACCUUACUCAGGGCGGCAAUCCAGGAGCAGCUUGCUGUAAUGGCGUGAAUGCAUUGAAAGGUAUGGCUCAAAACACCGCUGACAAGAGGGCGGCAUGUAAUUGUGUCAAGGCUGCUGCCAACAAAUAUGCAAACUUGAAGGAAGACGCUGCCCAGGCUCUCCCUAGCAAGUGUGGUGUAACAUUGGACAUUACUGUUUCUAAAAGCGUCAACUGUGACAUGAUCAACUGAGAUUGAGGUUAUUGAUGAUGACAGUGUGGAAGAAAUAAAGAGAGGAAGACUCACCAAAUUCAUAUUUUGUUCUAUCUUUUUUUUUUCAAAUAGUAGUCCAAAUGAUGAGAGAACUACUGCUUGUAAUGAUCAAAUUAAAGCCUUACUAAGCUUGUAGCAUUUCACUUCUAUUUCAGCAGUUCCAAAUUUAAUGAACCGCGAUAUAGACAUUUUGAUAUGUUUGCUUUUGCUUCAUAUUCUUUCCUAAGAUUCAUUAUUUACUCUA